AUGAAAAACAAAAAUUGUCUUACCGAUGGCUUUAACACACUCCCUUUGCCUAGCCGGCUGUUCCCUGGUGGCCAGCAGGCUUGGACAAUUGUGGCCGAUCGUGCCCUUACACGCGGUCUCGAGGACGGUGCUGUCUUUCAAUUACGUCGCCGCUCCUACCCAGUAUUUGCUGCUCCUACCACUGUCUCUGCAACUUCGGCCUCCAUUAGUUCCACAACCUUGGUGCGGGGUGCUCAGGAGAUAUCACGGGAGGUUUCUCUUCUCUGUACAGUUCAUCGACUACCCUUGCUUCAUCUUGUUGAGGAAGUUCUUGAACCAUUGGAAUCUGGGCGAUUUUUUCUGAGGACCGAUACAGCUAUUUAA